UCAGCCACUCAAGGCUUUCCCCGCGGGGCUAUAAGCUGUUAUUUGUUUUUCAAUACUAUACCUGAAGAGAAGAAAGCUUGCGGAAAUGGCUUCCACAACAUAUGCACCCGCCUAUAGCAGCCUUAUAUGCACAACCAGAGUGGUUUCCCUCAUGGGUUUACCCCUUUUUCCAUUGAUGAAACCAGAAAAUGGUCGCUCUCGCUCCCCCGGACUUCUUAGAGCUGGCACUUCCACAGUUUUUAAAAGUGGAUCCUACUCAGCUUCCAAUAAAUCAAAAACACUCUUUCCUCCAAGAUGUAGUUUAGAUUCAAGUGGGAGUAAAGAUGAAUCCUCCAACAAAGAUAAGACACCGUUUGGAUAUACCAGAAAGGAUGUUCUAUUAAUUGGACUUGGAGUCACGGCUGCCGGGUAUGGCCUAAAGGGUGGACUGGAGUUCCUCGGUGUUGAUUCUUUACAAGCUGGAAAUGUAGUUCAGCUGGUCCUGGUCUUGGGCCUAACAGUUGGAUGGAUUUCAACAUACAUCUUCAGGGUUUCGAAUAAGGAAAUGACCUAUGCUCAACAAUUAAGGGACUAUGAGAGCAAAGUCAUGGAGAAACGACUGGAAAGCUUAACAGAAGCGGAGCUACAAGUAUUGCUUGAACAGGUUGAGGAAGAGAAGCAAAGUCUAGCUAAGGGCGAUCAAGUCUAGUGGACACUGUUUUUGCCAUUUUCAUCAUUACGUAAUCUUCUCGAAAAGUUGGUGAAACAAAUGCCUUGCUGAAAGUCGCUGAUAGAUGGCGAAGUAUACUGUAUACUGGAAAUGAAAAGAUUCCUCUUCAGUUGGGAGGCUAUAUGUUGUACAAAUUUAUUAGCAACUUACAAGAUAAGAAGAUCAUGUUUAGAAAUAGAAUAGGAUUCAGUAGAAUCAUGAAAAUGUUUUAGAAUUUAGAAAGAAUGUAAUAAAUGCAAUGGUUAAUGUUUACAUAACAAAUGUUUGUGGGCU